CAUCACUUGGCGACGGGCUGUCUGGAAACUCAAUGGUCUCGGAGAAUUAAAGGAGUCGGGCGAUCAGUAAACGGAGAGGGGAAGGGCGUGGCCAGAAAGCAGGUAGCGCUGUAACCUUAGCGGGGCGAUGAAAAAUGACCACUGCUAACAAGACUCCCCCUGGUGCAGAUCCAAAACAGUUGGAAAGGACAGGAACUGUUCGAGAAAUAGGUUCACAGGCUGUUUGGUCUCUUUCAUCUUGUAAACCGGGCUUUGGGGUGGAUCAGUUACGAGAUGAUAAUCUAGAAACAUACUGGCAAUCUGAUGGAUCACAGCCUCAUUUGGUCAACAUUCAAUUCAGAAGAAAAACUACUGUGAAGACAUUAUGCAUUUAUGCAGAUUAUAAAUCUGAUGAAAGUUACACUCCAAGCAAAAUCUCUGUGAGAGUAGGGAACAAUUUUCACAAUCUUCAGGAAAUUCGGUGACUUUCAAACUGGUUUAUCUGUAAUAUCACCAGAAGUUUCCUAGAUCUUCCUUGGUAGUACUUGAGAUGAGGCAUAAGCCCUACAUCUGUGAAAGUUUAUUUUCCUGUGUUAUGUCUGAUCAAGACCAGUAUGAUUAUAUGAGAUAAUUUAAACAAUGUUACUCAUUUUUUCUUAUCUUCUGUUUGCUGAUUAACUGGGUUAACUUCUGUUGUUAAGUGCAACAAAAAAAAUUGGGGGGUUAAGUACAAACAUGGAGAUACCUUGUCUUUCUUUUUACAACACAUGCCUUCUUAAUAUUAAUUGAGUUAUUUCAUUUUUCUUUUCAAACAUUCAAGAUUUAGUUUGGAAGAAAUAUUUGAACCACAUCACUAAUUUUUGGCAAUUGCAGUUAAAGAGGAAUAUGAGGGUUGGAAAAAUGAUUGUAUCCUAAUCACAUUGCUCAGAAAGAACCAGUGGGCAGAAACAUAGUCCUUGAUUUAUUACUGUAAUUGAAGCCAGAAUUAUGGUCAUAAGUUGUGCCAGUCAUUAAUAGGAUCACCACAAUUACCACACCCAUUUGUAUGACUUUUUUGC